CAGCAACCAAACCGCGUAAUGUCGUCGGCUCGUGGCUUGUGUCAAAUUCACCUCAAUUAACCUCCUUUUCUCUCUCUCUCUACAAACAUUUUCGACUCUAUUACUUCGACAAGCGACAGUCGAUGCCGACGUGCGAGUCACGGUGUGUCAUUGCGGUGUCGAGUGCGAGACCACAACGACGACGGCGACGACGGAUCCGCGGUGUCCACACAAGUGCGGAAUCACGGUGCCGUCGUGAGCCGCGGCGCAAGCUUGACAAGCUACGCCCGGGGAUAAAUAUCGCUCUUUAAGUUUUCUAAAAAGUUUUUCCCAACCACAGCCAAGAAAAAUGUCCAGCGCCAAACUCAUACAGAAUCCAGAAGUGCCGGGACUUGAAUGUUAUCUGCCACCACCACCGCCACCGCCACCGCCGCCGCCACCACCACCCCCGCCUUCACCACCGCCAACUUCUUUUUCUUCGAACAAACUCUCGGACAACAAUGCACAGUUGACAACGACGCAGCAUCAUCCGGCGACAACGAGCGAAAACUUAACUGCCGAAAUGACACCGGUAGCGAACGACGAAGUUCCCUCUCCAGCACUUGCAUUCCCCAAUAUAUCUCCCAUGCCACGAAGCCCAUACAUGAUGCAUCCAAUACAACCACAGACUCCCGGACAAACGCCGACUCCUUGGUGGAUUCCCACUGACAACGAUACCACGGACUUUUAUAAUCAGUGGUACGAUUCGACUUACAAAGGUGUGAUAGCGAUGCCUAUUGCACCCUCUGCGGUGACGUCUGUAACAAAGAACAAGAGCAAGAGUGGCUAUAAACGCAAGAAUGAGUUUAUCGAUCCUACGCAGGAUGCAGAGAAAGUGGCUAAUGCGCAGAGGCAACUGUCAGCUCUGAUGAAACCGCUCAAGUGUGAUCUGUGCAAUGCAGUCAUGAAUUCUCCUCUGCAAGCGAAAUUGCACUAUGAGGGUAAGCCUCAUCAGAAAAAAGUGUCGAUGUUUCUCAAUCAGAGCGUUAAGAAACUAAAGUCGGAAGACGGUGUGAGCGGCACGACCAAUAACGACUGGCAACUCUACUGUGAUAUAUGCAAAACGUGGUUUACGUCGCAAACAGACGCCACGCAACACUACGCGGGUAAGAAGCACAUUAGGGCGGCGAACGGCGGGCCCCGUAUUAGCAGGCCGUCGAAAAAGACGCUGAAUCAGUACAAUCAAGCGGAUCCAACGGGUCGCUUCGGGAUUGGAAUGGCAUUCCAUACGGACGCGCAAUCCACACCGACCGCAGCGGCACCAGUGGCAUCAAACGGCGCGGUUUCGGUACCGAAUCCCAUGUAUAUAGCACCACCGUAUCCAACGCCGUUUCGCUGCGACUUGUGCGGCGUCUCCGCGACUCGUCAAGAUCAGCUGGAGACGCACAAACGUGGAGCCCGACACAUGAGGAUGCUCAGACUUAACGGACUGCCUGUGCCCGAAGCAAAGGCCGAAUUGUCGAGACAAAUAGAUUAUUCUAUUUAUCGGACGCCGUCUGGGCAGUACUACUGCGCGCCGUGCAAUCUUUCGGUGACGUCGGAAAUCACGUUCGCACAGCACAUCGAAAGCAAGAAGCACAGAACCCACACUAAUCCCAAGUUACCCAACACAGCGGUAACGCUAAAUAAAUCUGAAUCUAAGAAAAAAUAAAGUUACAUCGAUAAUA